CUUACCCAACCAUGUCUGCACCUAGUGAUUGGGGCCAAUUCUACCAUCAGCAAAAUCUUUCAGCUUCCAACUUCGGCGGCGACGGUGGACUCUCUGAAGCCACCGUCGUCACCACUUCUGUCACCUCUGCUGCGUCUGCCAUCCCUACUUCAUUGGGUGGUUGUGGUAAUUCACCUUCUUCAAGUGCUGGUGGCCAUUUGAGCCCUGAAGGCCGUGUCUCCAAGCCUGUGCGGAGAAGGUCUAGAGCUUCUAGGAGAACUCCUACAACAUUACUCAACACAGAUACUACGAAUUUUCGGGCUAUGGUUCAGCAGUUCACUGGUGGUCCUAGUGCUCCUUUUGCUGCAGGAUCGCAGCUUAAUUCACCAAGUUUUGGUUUUUCGCUGAACUCACGUCAAGCCCAUGUUAACCCUAGUGCAGUUAUGGUCCCAGGUGGAGCCAGUUACCAUCCCCAAUACCAGCAGCAAAGGCAAACACCAUACAUGUUCUCAUUGGGAAAUAACACUUCUAGUACCGCUCCUGCUCCUGCUGAUUUGUUUUUUCAAAGCCUUGUAAACCCUAGGCCAACAGGCAUGGAUGUAUCAGAUGGAUUAGUGUUGGAGGGUCUUUCCUCCCAGGUGGUGGCGCCACCUCAUCCUCCUCCUCCAAGGCAGCCUUCUUCUUCCUCCAAUGAGAACAGAAGCAACACUUUCUUGUUUUGAGAGGACAAAAGGAACAAAGUUAGGCACUGACUUGUCCGAACGUAGAACCAUUGACCAAUGUAAAUAUCGUGUUACUUACAGCAUUUUUUUUUCUUUUUAUUAUUAUUAUUAUUAUUAUUAUUAUUAUUAUUAUUAUUAUUAUUAUAGGUCCUUUAAUGUGGGCUAAUAGUAGGCUGCCAUAUGUUUUCUUUUUCUCCCUUAGUUUAUCAUUUUGUUAGGAAUAUUAAUUUUUAUUGUUUCUUCAAUUAAUCCAUCUUGGAUUUCUUGUCAAAAACCAUGGGCCAAAAUGUGAAUUCCUUGAGCCCUCUCUCUCUCUCUCUCUAUAUAUAUAUAAAAUAUUAUGUGAGGAAGCAUAGUUUCCAUGGAAA